CGACCGGACGGCACGCUACUACUACUACUGGCACCUGCGGAAGCAAGUGCUGCACUCGCAGUGCGUCCUGCGCGAAGAAGCCUAUUUCCUCCUCACCGCCUUCGCCCUCCAAGCCGACCUGGGCGAUUUCAAACGUAACAAGCACUAUGGGAAAUACUUCGAGCCUGAAGCCUAUUUCCCCGCCUGGGUGGUUGCAAAGAGGGGCAAGGACUACAUCCUAAAGCACGUCCCGAACAUGCACAAAGAUCAGUUUGCCCUGACGGCCUCCGAAGCCCACCUCAAGUACAUCAAGGAGGCCGUCCGGCUGGACGACGUGGCCGUGCAUUACUACAGGUUGUACAAGCAUCCUCGGCCGGGUCUGCCUCUCCUCUCUUUGCAGAAUUUGGACGAAGAAAAGCAGCUGCUCUACGACUUCCCCUGGACGAACGUGGGGAAACUGGUGUUCGUGGGCAAGAAGUUUGAGAUCCUGUGCCAACGGCGUGCCGCUGGCCUCGUAGAGAAGAAGCAGUACCGCGAGUCGUACAUCAGUGACACCCUCGACCUGGACAUGGAGCAGCUGGAGAAGCGAUCGAGCGCCAGCGGCCGCACGGCCGGCGGGCUCACCCAUGGCAGCUCCCACACCUCCGGGGUGGAGAGCGGUGGGAAGGACCGGCUGGAGGAGGACUCCCAGGAUGAUGAAAUCGAGAUGCUGGUGGAUGACCCCCGGGAGCUGGAGCAGGCUGGCGAGAUGGAGGUGAGCCCCGACAUGUGCGUCUACAUCACGGAGGACAUGCUGCUGUCGCGCAAGUUCAACGGGCACUCGGGGCUUAUCGUGAAAGAGAUCAGCUCCUCCACCUCCAGCUCCUCGGAGACGGUGGUGAAGCUGCGAGGGCAGAGCACCGACUCCUUACCCCAGACGACGUGCAGGAAACCAAAGACAUCGACGGACCGACACAGCCUGAGCCUGGAUGAUAUUCGGCUCUACCAGAAGGACUUCUUACAGCGGGCCAACCUGUGCCAGGAUACGGCCCAGAGCUACACCUUCGGCUGUGCCCACGGGCUGGAGGAGGACGGGCUCUACUGCAACGGCUGCUUGGCCCAGCAGUGCAUCAACAUCCAGGAGACCUUCCCCGUCAAAAGAACCAGCAAAUACUUCUCGUUGGAUCUUACCCACGACGAAGUCCCCGAGUUCGUCGUCUGA